AUAUAGAUUUAAGAUGGACAUUGUGCUGAUGCCACUUUUCUUUCUAUUUAACAGGGAGAAAGAACAAGAAACACAAAAAGAGGAACGUUUGAUGGAAGAAAAGAAAAAGAAAAAGCAGGAAGAAAAGAAAAAGAAGGAAGGUGCUCAGAAAAAGGCUGCUGAUCAAAAAACCAAAGUGCCAGAACCUACCAAGACCUGUUCCAGCCAGCCCCAGCCUGCCGGUACCGGGACCAGUACUUCCACCAGCACUCUCUCCAGCAGCAGCAAUGGCAAGCGCGCACCUGCCGGCGGCCAGCAGCCAGCUGUGUCCCGCUACCUGCCUCGCGAGGUGCCUCCACGCUUCCGCCAGCAAGAACAGAAGCAGCUACUGAAGAGAGGCCAGCCAUUGCCCCCGGGGGCUCUGACCAGUGUGAGCCCCACGCAGGGCGCUGGGCCCGCAGGGGUGAGCCCUCCUCCCCUCCCUGGAGCCGGAGCGCAGCAGCCGUCGCAGCCCAGCAAGCUCCAGCCAGAUCCCAGUCACGGCGGAUUGGCGGAUCAUUAUGAGAGUUCCCCCUGGGCACAGCCGCCCGCGUUCCGGAGUGAAGCCGGCUGCAGCUGGGAGAAAGUGGUCAUAGACAGGACCGACUCGGAGGCCUGGCCCUCCAUCCCCGGGGCGGGGCCGGAGGCGGCCUCAGCAUGCACUACGGACACUGACUGCGCCCCCCAGGGCGGCGCGGAGAGCAGCAGCAUGGCGACGGCGAGCGCCCCGGGCGGCUUCACGGGGCACGCCAAGAAGACCAAUGGCAGUAACGGCACCAAUGGCACGCUGGUCCAGAGCCCUCCGAACGCCAGUGCCCUGGGCGCAGGGGGCGCCAACGGCAGCGGCAGCACGGCCCGAGCGUGGGGCGUGGGCGCGGGCUCCAGCUCCGGCCUCGCCCACUGCGCGCUGGGCGCCGGGGAGGGGAAAAUGGACAGCCUGCUUGCCGAGGGAAGAAGUCAGAACUGCUGGGGCGCUUCCGGCCCCAGCGCUGGCAUGAACCUCAACCUUAACCCCAACGCCAACCCAGCCGCCUGGCCUGUGCUCGGACAUGAAGGAACAGUGGCCACGGGCACCCCUUCCAGUAUUUGCAGUCCGGUCAGUGCCAUAGGUCACAGCGUGGGCAGCCAGAACGGGACCCCGCUGGGCGCCUGGGGGAGCUUGCUGCCGCCCGAGAGCACAGAGCCGCCAGCACCCGCCUCUCAGAACGUGUCUUUCAGCGCACAACCUCAGAACCUUAACCCUGAUGGACCAAGCAACACUACCGCCGCGAGCUCCUCGCCGAACCCCGCCAAUGCAAUGCAGACCAACGGGCUGCCCAACUGGGGCCUGGCCGUCGGCAUGGGGGCCGUCCUCCCGCCCCACCUGCAAGGCCUUCCUGGUGCUAACGGGUCGUCAGUCUCUCAAGUGGGCGGGGGCGGUGACGGGAUCGGCAGUUCCGUGUGGGGACUGUCUCCCGGCACCCCCGCUGCCGGAAGCAGCGCUUCUGGGUUCGGCCAGGGGAGUGGAGACACUGUGAGCUCAGCAUUAAGUGCUAAACAAAACGGAUCCAGCAGUGCCGCGCAGAAGGAAGGGAACGGGGGCACCGCCUGGGACUCGGGGCCUCCCGCCGGCCCCGGGAUCCUCGCCUGGGGGAGGGGCCGUGGCAGUAACGGCGUCGGGGGUAUCCAUUCGGGAGCGUGGGGCCACCCCAGCCGCGGCACCGCCAACGGUGUGAAUGGGGAGUGGGGGAAGCCCCCAAGCCAGCAUUCCAGUGGUGAGGCCGGCGGGAAAGGAUCGACAGGGUGGGACAGCCCCGCGGCCGGCAGCCAGAACCCCGCCCUGCAGCCCGGCGGGGAGCACGGGAGCGCCUGGGCCAAGGCCGCCCCCUCGGGGGCCCCGGCCAGCGCCGGCAGCAGCGAGGGCUCCUGCGGCCACGGCGAAGGCGGCGCCGGGAGGGACGGGGCCGAAGGCCGGCGGCGAGACAAAGGGGCCCUGGACCAAGGGCACGUCCCGCUGCCGAGGAACGAUCUGGACCCCAGAGUCCUGUCCAACAGCGGCUGGGGACAGACGCCCGUGAAGCAAAACACGGCCUGGGAGUUCGAAGCGUCCCCGCGGUCCGAGCGGAAGAACGACAACGGGACGGAGGCCUGGGGCUGUGCGGCGCCGCAGCCUCCACACUCAGGGGGGAAGAGCGAUGGGUCCAUCACGAACAGUACAAAUACCUCUUCAGUGUCGGGCUGGGUCAGCUCGCCGCCUGCUGCUGGGCCGGCAAACACGGGCUGGGGGGACGGCGGCGCCAGGGCGCCACACGGCCCCGGGGUCUGGGGGGACUCCAUCGGCUCUGCUGCUGCUCCUAACGCUGCUGCUGCCAAGGGCGGCCACACCUGGAGUGGGACCGCCAGGCAGGAGGACAAGUCGCCCACCUGGGGUGAGCCUCUCAAGCCCAAGCCUCAGAACUGGGGGGACGGACAGAAGCCCACGCCAGCCUGGAGUGCCGGAGGCGGGGACUGGGCCGACCCCGCUUCCGUCCUCGGGCACCUGGGGGACGGGAAGAAGACGGGCUCCGGGUGGGACGCGGACGGCGGCCGGUCCGGCUCCGGCUGGAGUGACGCGCCCCGGCCUGGGCCCGGUGGCUGGGGCAAUGGCACGAGCACAAAGGCGAACACGGGGGCGAACUGGGGAGAGUCCCUGAAACCCGGCCCCCAGCAGAACUGGGGAGGCAAGCCCCAGGACAGCAGCAUGAGCAACUGGGGCGGAGCCGCUUCCGUGAAACAGACGGGGACAGGGUGGAUCGGGGGGCCGGUCCCUGUCAGACAGAAGGACAGCAGCGAGGCCACGGGCUGGGAAGAGCCUUCUCCCCCGUCCAUUCGACGCAAAAUGGAAAUCGAUGAUGGUACCUCAGCUUGGGGCGACCCGAGCAGCUACAACAACAAAGCUGUCAACAUGUGGGACAGGAACAACCCGGGCCUCCAGGGCAGCGCCAGCGCCGCCAGCGGCUCCAGCAUGGGUGACCUGCCGGCACCGCACCCCGCCAGCGCCCCGCUGACCCGCUCACCGCUGCUCGGUCCAGUAUCCUCGGGCUGGGGAGAAAUGCCCACCAUCCACUCCAAGGCGGAGAGCUCCUGGGGAGAGCCGGCCUCGCCGUCCACCCUGGUGGACAACGGCACCGCGGCCUGGGGCAAGCCCCCCAGCAGCGGCAGCGGCUGGGGAGACCAGCCCCCCGAGCCGGCCGUGCCGUUCGGGAGAGCCGGCGGGCCUGCCACCGCCCCAGCCCUGUGCAAACCAGCUUCAAAAUCUAUGCAAGAAGGCUGGGGCAGCGGUGGGGACGACGUGAGCCUGGGCCCCAGCCAGUGGGACGACGACGACGGGGGCAUGUGGAACAGCGCUGCCUCCCAGGACAGCUCCUCCUCCUGCAGCUCCUGGGGGAACGCCCCCAAGAAGGGGCUCCAGAAGGGCACGAAAGCAUCCGGCAAGCAGGACGAGGCCUGGAUCCUGACCCGGCUCAUCAAGCAACUCACCGACAUGGGCUUCCCGAGAGAGCCAGCUGAAGAGGCCUUGAAGAGUAACAACAUGAACCUCGACCAGGCCAUGAGUGCUCUGCUGGAAAAGAAGGUGGACAUGGACAAGCGUGGACUGGGGGUGACCGACUACAAUGGGAUGGUCACCAAGCCCCUUGGCUGCCGCCCACCGAUCUCCAAAGAGUCUUCCGUGGACCGCCCCGCCUUUCUCGACAAGCUCACCCUUUCUCUCUCCCAUCAGGACGGCAGCCUCGUGGAAGAGCCCACGGCUUCACCAUUUUUGCCUUCGCCAAGCCUGAAGCCCCCCCUUUCAAACACUGCACUCCCCAGUCAGGCCCUGGGUGGCAUCGCCUCAGGGCUGGGCAUGCAAAACUUGAAUUCUUCUCGACAGAUACCGAGCGGCAAUCUGGGCGUGUUCGGCAGCAGCGGAGCAGCACAAGCCAGGACCCUGCAGCCGCAGCCGCCGCCACUGAACCCCUCCCAGCCCAGUCUCCGUGCGCAAGUGCCUCAGUUUCUAUCCCCUCAGGUUCAAGCACAGCUUUUGCAGUUUGCAGCAAAAAACAUUGGUCUCAACCCUGCACUAUUAACCUCGCCAAUUAACCCUCAGCAUAUGACGAUGUUGAACCAGCUCUAUCAGCUGCAGCUGGCGUACCAACGUUUACAAAUCCAGCAGCAGAUGCUACAGGCCCAGCGGAAUAUGUCCGGACCCAUGAGACAGCAGGAGCAGCAAGUCGCGCGUACAAUCACUAACCUGCAGCAGCAGAUCCAGCAGCAGCAGCGCCAGCUGGCCCAGGCCCUGCUCGUGAAGCCCCCGCCGCCCCCGCCGCACCUGUCUCUGCACCCCUCUGCAGGCAAACCGGCCGUGGACAGCUUCCCCCCGCACCCCCAGGCCCCCGGCCUGCCCGACCUGCAGACCAAAGAGCAGCAGUCUUCGCCCAACACCUUUGCUCCUUACCCUCUCGCUGGACUGAACACCCCCAUGAACGUCAGCAGCAUGGACAUGACGGGCGGUCUGGCGGUGAAGGACCCGUCUCAGUCCCAGUCGCGCCUCCCUCAGUGGACACACCCCAACCCGAUGGAUAACGUUCCCGGUGCUGCUUCUCCUCUGGACCAGAACCCCGGCAAGCACGGUGCUAUCCCUGGAGGUCUGAGCAUCGGGCCGCCAGCCAAGUCCUCCGUGGACGACUCCUACGGCCGGUGCGGUCUGCUCCAGAGCAGCGAGGCGCCCGCCAGCCCUCCAGUGGCCGUCCCCCAGAGCUGGUCACGUGCCAGAUCCGACAGCGAGAAAACCUCCAACGGCUCCGGCAUCAACUGGCCCCCCGAGUUUCACCCUGGAGUUCCGUGGAAAGGACUUCAGAACAUAGACCCCGAGAAUGAUCCUGACGUCACGCCUGGAAGCGUCCCCACCGGGCCGACCAUCAACACCACCAUCCAGGACGUCAACCGCUACCUCCUCAAGAGCGGCGGUAAACUGUCCGACAUGAAAUCGACGUGGUCCUCCGGCCCCGCCUCCCACACGCAGGCCUCUCUGUCCCACGAGCUGUGGAAGGUGCCCAGAAACACGGCUGCACCCACCAGGCCGCCCCCGGGGCUGACCAAUCCCAAGCCUUCCUCCACCUGGGGGGCCAGCCCCCUCGGCUGGACCAGCUCCUACUCCUCGGGCUCUGCUUGGAGCACCGACACCUCAGGCAGGACCAGCAGCUGGCUCGUUCUUCGCAACCUCACGCCCCAGAUCGACGGCUCCACCCUCCGGACGCUGUGCCUGCAGCAUGGGCCGCUCAUCACAUUCCACCUGAACCUGACCCAAGGCAACGCCGUGGUCCGGUACAGCUCCAAGGAGGAGGCCGCCAAGGCCCAGAAGUCCCUGCACAUGUGUGUGCUGGGAAACACUACCAUCCUGGCUGAGUUUGCCGGCGAGGAGGAAGUGAACCGCUUCCUGGCGCAAGGCCAGGCGCUGCCGCCCACCUCCAGCUGGCAGUCCAGCAGCGGGACCAGCCAGGCGCGGCUCGGGGCCUCGGGCAGCGCCCACGGCCUGGUGCGCAGCGACGCCGGCCACUGGAACGCCCCGUGCCUGGCCAGCAAGGGCAGCAGCGACCUGCUGUGGGGCGGGGUUCCCCAGUACUCCAGCAGCCUGUGGGGCCCGCCCGGCGGUGACGACGGCAGGGUGAUCGGGAGCCCCACCCCGCUGAACACGCUGCUCCCCGGCGACCUCCUGAGCGGGGAGUCCAUCUAGGCCGAGAGCCGGGCACCGCAUCAGACCAGGAGAGCGGGCCUGCAGCCCGCGCCCUUCCACGUACCUCUGUCCGUGCUGAAGACGCACCUGCAGCCCUUGCGAACUGUUCCCGGGACAGUGCGGGCCGCCAGCGUCACACGCCAACGACAGGAUGUUCUCAUAGCUUUUAUUUCGUGUCGUCUUUGUUUGUACGGUGUGUUGUCAUUUUGAUUUUUUAAGUAUAAAAGCUGCUUAGAAUAGUUCUAUCAUGAAGGGCACUUUUCAGAUUGUGGGCUGGAAAGGGUUAUUUUAUCGAGGGGGGCGGGAGGGGGGAGACGAGAAAGCCUAUUUAAGAGCCUGUGACGAUUAUGCACAUUACCAGAGGCGGACCCCGUAAUCAGGGGACUGGCGUUCACGGGCGAGCGGCCUCCGGCGGCCACGGCGAGCUGGCGGGAGGCCGGUCUGCGAAGUCCUCUGUCCGCAUGGAUCCGCCUAUGCACAUUACCCUUGUUUCAUUACUUUUUCAUGUCAUUUUUUUUAUCCCAAAAACUAUUUUUUAAAAGUUGAAAAAAAAAAAAAAAAAAGACAUAUCAAACAUGCAAAUACUUGAAUCCAGCAGCCAAUACGCAACGUGAACACUCUCAGUCCGACCCACAGCCAGGCCGGCAGCGGGCACAGCUCCGGAGCCGCCGGCACGGCACAGCCGGCGCGGCGGAACCAGCAUCGCGCGCACGGGGAGUGCACGCCCUGUGCCCGCCGCCGUGCGAGGGACUUCACUGUGGGUCUCCCUUUUAUUCAGUAUAUGCUUUUUGUUGGCGCGUUGGUCAAACGUUCGUUGUUAUUAGCUUCUAACUUUGCACUGAGUGUCCCCGCCCGUCCUCAGCUCAUCCUACACAUUAAAGAGAACUCGUGGGACAGGGCCGGCGACAGUUCACGUGUAAUUGUUUACUCAAGGACUGUUACCGCGUUUGAAGUUACCGUGUGUAUCUCUGGAGAAAUAAUAUGUAUACCUACCUUUAGCAGCAGCUUGUUGUGGACGAAUAAUGCGAGAGAGUUAUCACCAGAGUAUUGCACCAUUUCCAUUGGGAAGAGCGUUGCCGAGAGAACGUGGGGACUGCGGCCACGGUCCUCGUGGGGCUCCUGCAGGAGCGGAGACAGCACUUGGACAGUGGCGACUGCUUCGGAGGGGCCCACGCAGGGCUCCCGCCUGUUUACAGACCUUUUUCUCCUUCAGACUUUAACGUAAAAAUGUUUUUAAAAAGGAAUAUAAGAAAAAAGACUUCCGUCGUCAGACGCCUAUUUUCCGAUGCGGACGCGCUGCUUCAGAGCUCUGGGAUCGGCAGUGUCCCCUCCGCACCGCAUCGCUGCGGACUCUGCGCGUCCCGGCCGGGCGCUGCGGCCACUGUCUUGCACGUGUGGAAGCGCUCUCAGGAAGCCAGGGUUCCGAGGGGCAGCUCCACAGCGUUCCAUGUGUUUUGUAACCCAACUCCUAGCACUGAAGAUGUCAUAAAAACAGAAAAAUACGAAAAAAAGAAAAAAGGAAAAAAACUCAAAGAAGAAAAAUACUUAAUCUCUAAUGUGUAGCAGUUACAUAUUUACCAAAUAAUGGACUCCGAAGACAUAGGUGUUUGAAGAGUGCUUUAUAUAUUAAAUCGCUUUAUGUUUAAAAAUGAUCAAUGUUCUCAUUGUUUUGCAAGAAAGAAAGACAAUGGAGUAACAUGCCCUCAGUAUGUUCAAAACAUACGAACAUUGUGCUCCCUGCCUGCUCGGUCAGGAAACGUGCAUUACAUUUUUUUAAUUCGCUUUUUAAUGGUUUUAUCAAAACAACAAAAAAAGAAGAAAAAAAAAAAGGCAGCAGCAGCAGCCGCAGGCCCUGUGGAGCGAGGGCCACGGAGCCGGUUCUGGCGGGUCAGAACUACGCACAGACUGGGCCAGCCUGCCGGUCCGGGUUCGCGGAGCAGCUUCCUGGCGGCCGCCGCCCCGCACCUCCUCCGUGCGUGUGUCCCCGCAUCCGUGUGUCACGUCCGCGGCCGAGGUGUGAGCAGCGCGGACGGAAGUAGAGUCUCUGUCUGUUCCGUUGGGGGGGUGUUGUUUUGCCCUUUCAUUUUGAAGAUGUCUGUAACUGAGGUUAAGAAACAAGUUUGUGGCUUUUCAUGUUUUUCCUCAUAGAAUGUGAUUGUUGAAGAAUACGCACCGAAAGUUGCUUUCAAAAGUACAAGCUUUGUUGAAUCUUAAUAAACUGCAGUUUUUUCUUGGC